AUGUGGGGGCAUCUCACGUCGUCCCUCCGCCGACUCACAGUGCGCUCUGGCGAGCCGCACACCGCGCCGGACAAGCCGCUCAUCGUCGUCUUCGGGGCCACCGGCGCGCAGGGCAGCAGCGUGGUGGCGGCGCUGCUGGCGAGCGGGCGCUACCGCAUCCGCGCCGUCACGCGCCACGCGGACUCGCCGCGUGCCGCCCAUCUGAGGGACGCCAAGGUGGAAGUGGCACAGGCCGACCAGGCGGACCGCCAAACCGUGCGCGCGGCGCUGGAGGGUGCUUAUGGCGCGUUCGUGGUGACGGACUUCUACUCGCUGGGAGAGCGCGAGGUGGAGGUGGGGAAGGGAGUGGUGGAGGAGGCGAGGGGGGCGGGCGUGCAGCACAUGGUGUGGAGCACACUGCCCCACGUGCACCGCCUCUCCAAGGGCCAACUCAACGUGCCGCACUUCACCAACAAGGCCAAGGUCGGCGCCUCCCGCACACUCUCUUCCUCUCCCUGCUCUGCCGCUGCCUCCCACUCAUUGCUGCCUUACCACGCCAUGGGCGCCUUAUUAUCAGUGGAGGAGGUGGUGAGGGCGAGCGGCUUCAAGCACCACACAUUCGUCAUGUGUGCCUUCUACUACCAGAACUUCGCCCACUUCAACCUCGCCAGGGAGGAGGCGGAUGGCACGGUGGUGUUUGAGCUGCCCAUGGCAGCAGACGACAUGCUCACGGCCUUCGAUGUGGACGACACCGGUGCUGCCGUGCUCAACGCCCUCGACCACCCCCAUGACUGGGAUGUGAGUGCGCCCUCUGCUGCCUGCAUCGCCACAUGCAACGCUGCUGCUGCCAUGGCAGGUGCUUUCGCCCUGUCCGGGCUCUACUGGAAAACCAAGUGGAUUGCUUGCGCUGUGGGUGCUGACUGCGUGUGCUUACCCCCCAUGAGUUGA